AUGUUGCAGCAAGAUGAAAAGGAGGAUAAGGCUGAUCCGACUUUGGCGGAAAUGUUCAUUGCCACGCGCAAGAGAAAAGCGGGCCGUUCAUACAAGGAAUCAAGGGAAGAUACAACUAGCAAAAUUUCCAAAUUGCAGGAGCUCCUAAACAGUGAAAAUGAUUCUUUUUCCACUGUUAUAGGUGAGAGGCCUCCCGGUCGUGCAUUUCUGUAUGGAAGAGGGGUUACAAGAACCAAUUUGAAGAACGGAGUAGGAUGCAGUUCUUCAAUAAUUAUACCCGAAGAGCUUGGGCAAUCUAUCACGGACAAGAUAAGGAAAGAACUGAAAGAUCAAUUUGACAAGGAGAUGGCUGGGUAUAAGGCGUUAUUUGAAAGUGUUAUGUCUCAAGUGAAUCAUAUAGUAGUUGAACCAAGUGAAAAUUCGGAUUCUGAAAGCGCUCAAUUUUGAUUGAGAGCUCCUCUAGUUAAGUACUAGUUAUGUUUUGUAAUAUAAUCGUUAUGUUUGAUGAAUACAUUUUCUUUUUGUGAUGUAUUGGAUGGAAUAUUUUUAGACUUUGAAUUCUAUGAAUAUUUCUGUCUUCUAACUUUAGUAAA